CCAGAGGCCAGGCUACGGUUGCACACCCGGGGAUGAACAGCACUGUCCGGAGCGGCGGGACACAUCACGUCACAUCAGCGGAGAUUAUAUGAUCGAAACCGGGUUACAUUAAUAACAAGCCGCCGUCUGGGGGAUAACGCGGGGAGACGCGCCGCGGGACAUCGCGAGAACCACCGAGCUGCGUGUUAUCACGGGCGGACAACAACAAUAGACGGGAAGACAACAACAACGGACUAGCUCGCUAACUAGCAUCUUGUUAGCAUAUGCUAACUGACGGCUCGCGAACUAAUCGGCUAAAAAAAACUCCUAACGUCUUUUAAAAAUAUAUAUAUAUAUAGCUGAUCCUAGGCGUCAAAGAUACGUCUAACCGGGGUAGUCCGCCAUAUAUUUGUUUUAAACGCAUUUUGCACGUAUACAUCUUCGCGCAGUGGCUUUAGCUCGCGUUAGCUUCGACGGGCUAGGUCCCGACUUCUCCCCCCUCCCCAAGCGGCCCGCCGGCCGGAGAUGCGUGGAAGAUGUCGGUGUCGGGGCUGAAGGCCGAACUGAAGUUUUUGGAGUCCAUUUUUGAUCCGAACCACGAACGUUUCAGGAUAAUCGACUGGAAACCCGACGAGCUGAGCUGCCAGUUCAACGUGACCGGGGAAAAGCUGUUAAUUAUCCACUGUAAUAUCACGGAAUCGUAUCCAUCUACGCCGCCAAUAUGGUUCGUGGACUCUGAUGACCCGAGCCUGGCGCAAGUUUUGGAGAGGUUGGAGGAUGUGAGAAAAGGCAGCACCCUGCUCCUGCAGCAGUUGAAGAAGCUUAUUUGUGAUCUUUGUCGGCUGUACAACCUUCCUCAACAUCCAGAUGUGGAGAUGCUGGACCAGCCCCUGCCCGCAGGUCCUGUAGGACAAGACCGGAAGCAUGGGACAGAGGAGGUCACAUCUGAAGAAGAGGAGGAUGAGGAGAUGGGAGAGGACAUCGAGGAUCUGGACCACUAUGAAAUGAAAGAGGAGGAGCCCGUGGAUGGAAAGAAGUCCGAGGACGACGGCAUCGAGAAGGAGAACUUGGCCAUCCUUGAGAAAAUCCGAAAGAACCAGAGGCAGGACCACUUAAAUCAGGGAGCCGUGUCUGGUUCAGUGCAGGCCUCCGACCGCCUGAUGAAGGAGCUGAGGGAGAUCUACAGGUCUCAGAGUUACAAGACAGGCAUCUAUUCAGUGGAGCUCGUUAACGACAGCCUGUACGAAUGGCACGUCAAGCUGAGGACGGUGGAUCCAGAUAGCCCGCUGCACAGCGACCUACAAGUCCUGAAGGAAAAGGAAGGAAUGGAUUACAUUUUACUCAACUUCUCAUAUAAAGAUAAUUUCCCCUUCGAUCCACCGUUUGUCCGGGUGGUUUCGCCCGUGCUUUCCGGAGGUUAUGUUCUUGGAGGAGGUGCCCUGUGCAUGGAACUUCUCACCAAACAGGGUUGGAGCAGUGCCUAUUCCAUUGAGUCUGUCAUCAUGCAGAUCAAUGCCACUUUAGUCAAAGGAAAAGCCAGAGUGCAGUUUGGAGCCAACAAGAACCAGUACAAUCUCGCCAGAGCGCAGCAGUCCUACAAAUCCCUGGUUCAGAUCCACGAAAAGAACGGCUGGUACACCCCCCCGAAGGAAGACGGCUAAAAACGGACCGGAGCUCCUCCUCCACUGGGACCACGCGUCUUCAAUUUCUCUCUCUUUUUUUCUUUUUUCUCUCCUUGCGACCAAUAUAUAUAUAUAUUUUUUAUCCUGCAAACCGUUUUGCUCACACACACACACACACACACACGAGAGUUUGAACUCCAAACCAAAUUCCUCCCAGAAACACACACACACACACACACACACACACACACACACGCGCCUCUCUGACAUCUCCAUCCACGCUCAUCAGCUCCUCUCCUCAAUAUUUAUCUCUGUACACCUUGUUGCCCGAUUCAAUCUCUUACUUUCUCUCCAUCGCGACGUUCAUCCCACCCUCCAGGACUAAAUACCGCCGCCUCCCCCCCCUUUUUUUUUUGCUGUGGUUUUGGCGUUUCCACGGUUACUUGCUGGCCGUGUGAGUCGGAAGGUGCAGUGUGGAUUGGGG